UGAUGCAUUGCCUGUGUUCAACUGUUAGAGAAUCUGUAUGCCUAGUAGUCUGCAAUUGACUUCACCUUCAAAAUGAAGAUUCCAGUUUGUUUAUUAGUAUUUUGGCUGAAUCAGUUUUUCACAAGUGGGACCAUUAUUUUGAGAGAAUAUGGUGCAGUCAGGGCUAGAAAUGGCACAAUGAGAAAAACCAGAAGUGUGAACGUUCCAGCACCGAUUGACUGCAGGCUAACGCCAUGGUCAUCUUGGUCAUCCUGUGGUGCUUGCCAGACUAAAACGUUUCGAUUCAGGUCCCUUGAACAACCAUCCCAGUUUGGGGGGACGGAGUGUCAGGGAAGCCAGUGGGAUGAGAAGUUCUGUCCAGCGGGAGCAGCGUGUCCAGUGCAGAACCCGUGUGGGGAAAUGUUCUCCUGCGAGCAGACAGGGAGGUGUAUAAGCCAGCAUCUCCGCUGUAAUGGAGAGAAGGACUGUCAGGAUGGAUCGGAUGAGGAUGAGUGUGAGGAUGUGGAUGUGAGGGAUAGCAAAUGUUCAAACCUCUUCCCUAUCCCAGGAUCUGAACGAGCCACUCGAGGCUACAAUGUGUUGACCGGAGAUUUUGCGCUGCACGUCUUGGACCCAAUAUACUAUGGCGGGAUCUGUGAAUACGUCUACAAUGGAGAAUGGAGGAAACUCACAUAUGAUGCUUAUUGUGAGAAUCUUUAUUAUAACGAUGAUGAAAAGUACUACCGGCAGCCAUACAAUUUCCAUUCAUAUCGAUUCCUGGCACAGGCUAGAGCGGAGGGCUCCUCAGAGUACUAUGAGGAUGUGACAAGCUUUCUUAAUGGCCGGAAAACUUUGAAUUCUUAUAAAUGGGGACUUUCUGUAUCGGUAACCAAAGAGGGUUUCGGUGGAGAGAUAGGCAUUUCAGGGAGUAAGGAGUCUCGGUUUCUCCACAACAUAUCACAGUAUGAAAGCCAGGACGUGGGUGUGGUGAGACUUGUGUCCACUGUACAGACGGCCCAGUUUAAGAUGCGGAGCAGGGACUUGGUUUUGGAUGAGAACAUGCAGCAGGCUCUUAUGGACCUGCCGGAGGAGUAUGACUUCGGCUCGUACGCCCAGUUUCUCCAGGAGUACGGCACCCACCACAUCACCCACGGCACCUUGGGGGGAACGCUGGAGCGUGUGAUGAUUGUCAACAAAGAGGCCAUGAGGAAGUCUGAGGUGCAUUCCAAAAUGGUCCAACGAUGCUUUGGGUUGUCCUUUAAACUGAUGUUAAAGACAGAUGCUUUACUUGACAAUCCAGUGAAGGGGAACAUCAGCUUCUGUGAUAAGAUUGGCUCAGUGACUAAGAGCAGAGGGUCAUCCAGUGAUUUGAUAAGGGAUGGGUUCACACUGGUUAAAGGGGGAACGGAACCUACCACAGCAAGCACCAACAUCAUUGAAGACACAAGUGCUCUCAGGAAGUGGGGAAAAUCUCUCAAAUACAGUCCUGACCUCAUUGACUUUGAGACUCUACCGGUGUAUGAGCUUGUGCGCCUGAGCACUGCGGCUGACCAGGCCAGGACCAGAGUUGCGCACCUGAAGAGGGCCUGGGAGGAGUACCUGCAGCACUACAGCCCCUGCCGCUGCGCCCCCUGCAGGAAUAACGGCGUCCCUGCGCUCAGCGGCACCUCCUGCAGCUGUGUGUGCAAGUCGGGCUACGGGGGACAAGCCUGUGAGGAGCUUCAGAGACCAGAUGCUCCCAAGCAAGAUUCUAUUGAUGGCUCCUGGAGUUGCUGGGGCAGUUGGUCCUCCUCAUGCCAAUCAGGCCGAAAGACCCGGAGACGAGAGUGCAACAACCCCAAACCAGCAGGGGGAGCCCUGUGUCUUGGUAACUCUCAGCAAACCCAACCCUGCUAAGAGAGAAGUAAAGAAAGAAAAGAGAAGCAAAGGACAACAGCUUGGACCAACCCAGUAGUUGCAUACAAGAGAGGCAUUUGAACCCAGAACUAUAGACUUUUCUUCUGAAUUUGUGUACAGCUGAAGCUUAUUCUACCACAUUUCCCCUGAGAUUCUGUGUAACACAGCCUUUCAUGUGUGCUGUUAAGAUUCAAACCAUGUAGAUGCUUGUUCUUUGUGAUUGAGAUUGUUGGAAAUAAAUGUAGGCCUAAUUUAAA